CCCAUUAUAUCACUUGCGCUCGUGCGCGCACAUAUACAUUCACAUUAGUCACAUAGACGUAUAUAUGGCUGCAUCAGUGGAUCCGUUGGUUGUUGGUAGAGUGAUAGGAGAUGUGGUGGACAUGUUUGUGCCGAGUGUAAGCAUGUCUGUUUACUUUGGAGCUAAGCAUGUUACCAAUGGCUGCACUAUCAAGCCUUCUAUUGCUGUUGAUCCUCCUCGCCUUCUCAUCGGAGGCCAUUCUGAUGUCCUUUACACCUUGGUGAUGACAGAUCCUGAUGCUCCUAGCCCCAGCGAGCCCUCCAUGCGAGAGUUGGUACAUUGGAUUGUCACUGAUAUACCUGGUUGUGCUAGUACAUCUUGUGGAAAGGAAGUGGUUGCGUAUACUGGGCCAAGGCCACCCGUGGGAAUACACAGAUUCAUACUGGUGUUGUUUGAGCAAAAGCAACCAUUGGGUAUGGCCGUGGAGCCACCGAUUAGUCGUGCUAAUUUUAAUACACGCCUCUUUGCUGGUAGACAUGGGCUUGGCCUCCCGGUCGCCACUGUCUACUUCAAUGCCCAGAAAGAGCCUGCUAAUAAGAAACGAUGAACCUGUAAUAGAAAUGACGAGCAACCCUAGUAAAUUGGUUUAAGUCAUCAUUGUUGUAAAACCUUGUCAUUUUAAGUUAUGGUAUGGUAUAUGUAUGGUUUUUAUGCAUGUACAUUUUAAAAAAUAUUUGACU